AUGAAGCUGUCAACUGCAGUCACCGUGGGUUUGGCCCACCAGGCAUUGGCUGCCAAUCCCCAUAAAUCCCAAAUCGACUAUAACUCGGCUCCCCCAAACCUUUCUACCUUGUCAAAUGCAUCCCUUUUCGACACAUGGAGACCCAGAGCCCACCUCCUGCCCCCAUCCGGCAAGAUAGGUGAUCCAUGCGGACAUUACACCGAUCCGAAGACUGGUCUCUUCCACGUGGGUUGGCUUCACGAUGGAAUUUCGGGAGCUACAACCGAUGAUCUCGUUACCUAUAAGGACGUUAACCCGGAUGGGGGCCCAUCGAUCAUCGCGGGAGGAAAGAACGACCCUCUUGCUGUUUUUGAUGGGUCCGUCAUUCCAAGCGGUAUCGACGGUAUGCCCACUCUUCUAUAUACCUCUGUCUCGUAUCUCCCAAUUCACUGGUCCAUCCCCUACACACGGGGAAGCGAGACACAAUCCUUGGCCGUUUCCUAUGACGGUGGACGCAACUUCACCAAGCUCAACCAAGGCCCCAUGAUCCCCGCCCCUCCGUUUGCCGUCAACGUCACCGCUUUCCGUGACCCCUACGCUUUCCAGAGUCCGAUUCUGGACAAAUCUGUCAACAGCACUGAAGGGACGUGGUAUGUCGCCAUCUCUGGUGGUGUCCACGACGUCGGACCUUGCUCCUUCCUCUACCGUCAGCAUGACGCAGAUUUCCAAUAUUGGGAAUACCUCGGCCAAUGGUGGAAUGAGCCCGUCAACACCACUUGGGGCAAAGGUGACUGGGCUGGAGGAUGGGGCUUCAACUUUGAGGUUGGCAAUAUCUUCAGCUUGAAUGCAGAGGGGUACAGCGAGAAUGGCGAAAUCUUCAUGACUCUCGGUACCGAGGGUUCGGACCUCCCCAUCAUUCCUCAGGUCUCUUCAAUUCACGAUAUGCUGUGGGUCACCGGAAAUGUCACAAAUGACGGCUCCGUCACCUUCAAGCCAACCAUGGCGGGUGUGCUUGACUGGGGCCUCUCCGGGUAUGCUGCUGCAGGCAAGAUCUUGCCGGCCAGCUCUCAGGCAUCCAAAAAGAGCGGUGCCCCCGAUCGUUUUAUUUCCUACGUUUGGCUCACUGCAGAUCUGUUUGAGCUAGCGAAGGGAUUCCCUACCGCUCAACAAAACUGGACCGGUGCUCUCAUGCUACCGCGGGAGCUGAACGUUCGCACUAUCCCCAAUGUGGUGGACAACAAACUUGCGCGUGAGUCGUUGACAUCGUGGCGCGUGGCCCGCGAAAGCGCUGGUCAAGUCGACCUUGAAACAAUGGGAAUUUCAAUUGCCAGGGAGACUUACAGCGCUCUCACAUCCGGCUCAUCUUUCGUCGAGUCCGGUAAGACUUUGUCAAAGGCUGGCUCGGUGCCAUUCAACACCUCGCCCUCAAGCAAGUUCUUCGCUAUGACCGCGAACAUCUCUUUUCCCGCCUCUGCUCGUGACUCUGGUAUCCAAGCUGGCUUCCAGGUCUUGGCCUCCGGUCAUGAAUCCACAACUAUUUACUACCAAUUCUCCAACGAGUCAAUCAUCGUCGACCGCAGCAACACAAGUGCCGCGUCCAAAACGACUGACGGAAUUCUCAGUGACAACGAGGCGGGUCGUCUGCGCCUUUUUGACGUCUUGGAAAAUGGAAAAGAAAAAAUUGAGACAUUGGAGCUCACCGUCGUGGUGGACAAUGGAGUACUGGAAAUUUAUGCCAAUGGACGCUUUGCCCUAGGCACUUGGGCUCGGUCUUGGUACGCCAACUCGACUGGAAUUGACUUCUUCCACAACGGAGUUGGAGAAGCGACAUUUGGCGACGUGACUGUCUUUGAGGGACUGUAUGACGCCUGGCCACAAAGACAGUGA